AUGCAAUAUAACGGUGGCUCCGUCAUAGCCAUGGUGGGGAAGGAUUGUGUCGCCAUCGCGAGCGACCUCCGGUUAGGCAACCAAGCUCAGGGUAUCUCGUCAAAUUUUGAAAAGAUUUUCGCCAUGACAGAGCGAACAUACGUCGGUCUGCCCGGACUCGCAACAGACGUACUGACCCUCCACGAACAGCUCCGCUACCGGCUCAACAUGUACACCAUCAAAGAAGAGCGCACCAUGGAGCCCGAGACGUUCAUCCACCUCAUCUCCUCGACGCUCUACGAGAAGCGCUGGGGCCCGUACUUCAUCGAGCCCGUGCUCGCGGGCCUGCAGAAGACGCCCGCGGGCGCGUUCCGCCCGUUCAUCGCGAGCACGGACCUCAUCGGCUGCAUCAACUUCGCGAAGGACUUCGUCGUCGCGGGGACUGCGAGCGAGAAGCUCUUCGGUGUCGCGGAGGGCCUGUGGGAGCCGGACUUGGAGCCGGAGGACCUGUUCGAGACGAUCAGCCAGACGCUGCUGAACGCGGUGGACCGGGAUGCGUACUCGGGUUGGGGCGCGGUUGUGCAUGUGAUAACGAAGGACAAGGUGAUCAAGCGUACGCUCAAGGGCAGGAUGGACUAG